AUGAAGGCAAGCACUGACCCAAGCACCAUGAAGGCAAGCACUAACACAAGCACCAUGAAGGCAAGCACUAACACAAGCACCAUGAAGGCAAGCACUGACACAAGCACCAUGAAGGCAAGCACUAACACAAGCACCAUGAAGGCAAGCACUGACACAAGCACCAUGAAGGCAAGCACUGACACAAGCACCAUGAAGGCAAGCACUGACACAAGCACCAUGAAGGCAAGCACUGACACAAGCACCAUGAAGGCAAGCACUAACACAAGCACCAUGAAGGCAAGCACUGACACAAGCACCAUGAAGGCAAGCACUGACACAAGCACCAUGAAGGCAAGCACUAACACAAGCACCAUGAAGGCAAGCACUAACACAAGCACCAUGAAGGCAAGCACUGACACAAGCACCAUGAAGGCAAGCACUAACGCAAGCACCAUGAAGGCAAGCACUAACACAAGCACCAUGAAGGCAAGCACUGACACAAGCACCAGGAAGGCAAGCACUAACACAAGCACCAUGAAGGCAAGCACUAACACAAGCACCAUGAAGGCAAGCACUAACACAAGCACCAUGAAGGCAAGCACUAACACAAGCACCAUGAAGACAAGCACUGACCCAAGCACGAUGAAGGCAAGCACUAACACAAGCACCAUGAAGGCAAGCACUAACACAAGCACCAUGAAGGCAAGCACUAACACAAGCACCAUGAAGGCAAGCACUAACACAAGCACCAUGAAGGCAAGCACUGACACAAGCACCAUGAAGGCAAGCACUAACACAAGCACCAUGAAGGCAAGCACUAACACAAGCACCAUGAAGGCAAGCACUGACCCAAGCACGAUGAAGGCAAGCACUAACACAAGCACCAUGAAGGCAAGCACUAACACAAGCACCAUGAAGGCAAGCACUAACACAAGCACCAUGAAGGCAAGCACUAACACAAGCACCAUGAAGGCAAGCACUGACACAAGCACCAUGAAGGCAAGCACUAACACAAGCACCAUGAAGGCAAGCACUAACACAAGCACCAUGAAGGCAAGCACUGACACAAGCACCAUGAAGGCAAGCACUAACACAAGCACCAUGAAGGCAAGCACUAACACAAGCACCAUGAAGGCAAGCACUGACACAAGCACCAUGAAGGCAAGCACUAACGCAAGCACCAUGAAGGCAAGCACUAACACAAGCACCAUGAAGGCAAGCACUGACACAAGCACCAGGAAGGCAAGCACUAACACAAGCACCAUGAAGGCAAGCACUAACACAAGCACCAUGAAGGCAAGCACUAACACAAGCACCAUGAAGGCAAGCACUAACACAAGCACCAUGAAGACAAGCACUGACCCAAGCACCAUGAAGGCAAGCACUAACACAAGCACCAUGAAGGCAAGCACUAACACAAGCACCAUGAAGGCAAGCACUAACACAAGCACCAUGAAGGCAAGCACUAACACAAGCACCAUGAAGGCAAGCACUGACACAAGCACCAUGAAGGCAAGCACUAACACAAGCACCAUGAAGGCAAGCACUAACACAAGCACCAUGAAGGCAAGCACUGACACAAGCACCAUGAAGGCAAGCACUAACACAAGCACCAUGAAGGCAAGCACUAACACAAGCACCAUGAAGGCAAGCACUAACACCUACACAAGCACCAUGAAGGCAAGCACUGACACAAGCACCAUGAAGGCAAGCACUAACGCAAGCACCAUGAAGGCAAGCACUAACACAAGCACCAUGAAGGCAAGCACUGACACAAGCACCAUGAAGGCAAGCACUGACACAAGCACCAUGAAGGCAAGCACUAACACAAGCACCAUGAAGGCAAGCACUAACACAAGCACCAUGAAGGCAAGCACUGACACAAGCACCAUGAAGGCAAGCACUAACGCAAGCACCAUGAAGACAAGCACUGACCCAAGCACCAUGAAGGCAAGCACUAACACAAGCACCAUGAAGGCAAGCACUAACACAAGCACCAUAAGGCAAGCACUAACACAAGCACCAUGA